AUGGCGAGAAAGUGGAGUGGGCGUAUUGUGGCCCGAGCCCUGGUCCUGGCCACUCUGUGGCUGGCCGUGUCUGGGCGUCCCCUGGUCCAGCAAUCCCAGUCUGUGUCGGAUGAAGAUCCACUCUUUCUCUACGGCUGGGGCAAGAUUACCCGCCUGCAGUACCUGUACUCUGCUGGACCCUACGUCUCCAACUGCUUCCUGCGUAUCCGGAGCGACGGCUCUGUGGACUGCGAGGAGGACCAGAACGAACGAAAUCUGUUGGAGUUUCGCGCGGUUGCUCUGAAGACAAUUGCCAUCAAGGACGUCAGCAGCGUGCGGUACCUCUGCAUGAGCGCCGACGGCAAGAUAUACGGGCUGAUUCGCUACUCGGAGGAAGACUGUACCUUCAGGGAGGAAAUGGACUGUUUGGGCUACAACCAGUACAGGUCCAUGAAGCACCACCUCCACAUCAUCUUCAUCAAGGCCAAGCCCAGAGAGCAGCUCCAGGGCCAGAAACCUUCAAACUUUAUCCCCGUAUUUCACCGGUCUUUCUUUGAAUCCACGGACCAGCUGAGGUCUAAAAUGUUCUCUCUGCCCCUGGAGAGCGACAGCAUGGAUCCGUUCAGAAUGGUGGAGGAUGUGGACCACCUAGUGAAGAGUCCCAGCUUCCAGAAAUGA